AUGCUUCCGACGGCGGGCGGAGGCGGACCUAACGCGGCUAACGCGGCGGAACUCUCGUUUGAAGUGGAUUUCUCUCCUGCAAGACUCCUCCUGCGACCCACCGCCGACGGCGGAACUCUUCGGUUCUCGUUUCGUAUCGGAGAGGCAGGAGAGAGGGCCAUGCGGGCGGCGGUGGAUGAAUGCCUCUCAAUACCUCACGUGAUCACUUGAGCUGCACACAAAUACAUGACGCAGCUCAGAUAUGUCCACGGAAGCAUCAGGCACAGAAGCAUCAAGGUGUCGCUUUCGUCUGGAAUACAUUUCUAGACACAUCAAGACCGGAGAUGUAUGGCACGUUGUUGUGUACGCAGAGGGUCGUUCGUACACAGCAAUGCAGCAGCAGC